ACUUUCUCUCCUCCCAAACAACGCAAUCUCAUUGAGAGAAGGUCCUGCCUUAUCCAAUUUUAGGGUUUCUAUUCUUCGCUAAUCACCCCACUGCUUUACGCAUCGAAACCCUAAACUAAGAUCAGGUCUGAGCUAUCUGGUUGGUGGGACCUUCUGUUUUGGAGAUUAAGUUUCAUGUCUGAAUUAGACGCACAAAUUCCUACUACCUUCGAUCCUUUUGCUGAGGCAAAUGCUGAGGAUUCCGGUGCUGGGACAAAAGAGUAUGUGCAUAUUCGUAUACAGCAGCGAAAUGGUAGAAAAAGCUUGACAACUGUGCAGGGAUUGAAGAAAGAAUUCAGUUACAACAAGAUUCUUAAAGACCUUAAGAAGGAGUUUUGUUGUAAUGGUACAGUUGUCCAGGACCCAGAGCAAGGACAGGUUAUUCAACUUCAAGGUGAUCAGAGGAAGAAUGUAUCUACAUUCCUAAUUCAGGCUGGUAUCGUGAAGAAGGAGCAUAUCAAAAUUCAUGGUUUCUGAGCAGCUGGAAACUUGAAAGUGUUAGUUGUAUCUAGCUCACUUUGAGCUGGGUAUAUAUAUGUGAUUGUGGUAUUUCUUGUGUUCUGGUAUUUUCAACAGUUGUGAUGUGGGAUUAUGGAAUUUAUGAUAUUAUGUGCUAUUUGCUUCAAUAAUAUGUAUCAAAGGAGUUUAAUAGAGUUUCAUACGACUUCAUUUAACAUUUC